AUGACACACACAACCGUCUUCCACAACGGCAGAGUUUUCAGUCCAAGCCAAGCACCAACCGAGACUGAAUUUCUGAGAAGUUUUGUGGUCUCGGGAGGGACGAUUACGCAUGUCGGAUAUGAGAGUGAUGAUGCCAUCAAGACAGCAAAGGAAGAAGGCGCGGAGGUAAUUGACCUGUAUAAUCGGGUAGUGGUGCCUGGAUUCAUCGAUGGCCACACACAUUUUCUUCUCUUCGGACUAGCUCUCCAGAAACUCGAUUUAAGUGAUUGCAAAACCUUUGAGGCCAUUGAAAGUGCCCUCGUCAACUACGCCAAAGCGAAUCCGGAGCUGCCACGAGUUCUGUGCCGAGGCUGGCAUCAGCCUUCAACCAACGGGAAAGCUCUGGCGAGCAUGAUUGAUCACAUUGAUCCUCGUCCUAUCUUCAUUGAAGCUCUAGAUCUUCAUUCCACUUGGUGCAAUACGGCCGCAUUGAAUGAACUGGGGGUUGGUUCGAUACCCAAUCCAGCUGGUGGCACGAUUUAUCGGGAUGGGAAUGGAAGGCCCUCGGGACUCUUAGAUGAAGCCGCGCAGACAGGAAUUGUCUGGCCGCAUCUGAUGAGUGUGUGUACUGUGGAAGACCGACUGGUGGCUUUGGAUAACGCUUUAACUACUUACCUUGAAUCGGGCUAUACGGGACUAAUCGAUAUGGCCAUGGAUACCGAUUCAUGGGAGGCCUUGACGUUGCUGCGGACAAAACAGAGUGUUCCGAUCCAUGUGGCAGCGCACUGGUAUAUCCCAUUUACCGAGGAUGAAUCAGAGCUAUCCAAGCACAUAGAAGAAGCCAUUGCGAAGCAUCAGGAGUUCCAUCCCUCGGUCUCACCAGACUUCUGCGUGAUUGGGAUUAAAAUGAUUUCCGAUGGCGUGGUGGAUGGCUGUACGGCAGCCCUGAGCCAUCCAUACAGUCAAGAUGACGGCGAUGUUGCGGUCAAUCCGAUCUGGCCGGCGGAAGCUAUGAACAAAGUUGUGAAAAGGGCUGCCGAUGCGGGUCUACAAGUUGCGAUCCACGCAGUUGGUGAUGUUGCCAUCACACAAGCCAUCGAAAGCAUUGCCGCCACCAACAGCCCGCAUGGUCGGCAUAGGAUUGAGCACCUCGAGCUAACCUCGGUGGAGGAUGCAAAGCGACUGGGCCAGCUAGGAAUCACUGCAUCCAUCCAGCCCGUUCACUCCGAUCCAGCUCUCACUAAAGCGUAUCCACGGAUUUUGAAGCCUCAUCUAUGGGAACGAGCAUUUCCAUAUCGAGAGUACGCCGAUGGGAACGCCUGCGUUGCCAUUGGGACCGAUUCACCGACAGCAAGGCAUCUGCCCUUGCCCAACUUAUACAAUGCGACAGUCCGGAGAUCAGCCCUUGAGCCAGAUUCCGAACAGAUCGUGAAUCCUCAUAAUGGGCUUACUCUGAUCCAGGCAUUUACUGCAGCGACCUCGGGAGCAGCAUAUUCACGUUUUGCUGAGGGAUGGGUAGGAAGCAUCGCUCCUAACCAUCGGGCAGAUUUUAUUGUGCUAGAUACUAAAUGGACCCCGGAGACAUUGCUGGAAGCGACAAUUCAUCAGAGCUGGGCCAACGGAAGGAAGGUCUUUGAGUGUUCGCCCACGUCAUAG